CUAGGCGGUGGUGACGCGUGGAGACAGGUGAUUCUCUGAUCACGUGACUAUAGACAGUUCUGUCAUCAAGCUGUCAUCUAUUCUAACUUAUCUCGUGCGGCCUGGACAGCAAAUUAAUUUCGUGUUCUCGAAUAAAGUGACAAUAUGAGUCAUGCUUUUAAGAACUGUUCAAACUUAAUGGUCACCGGAGGAGCCAGUCGAGGCCUCGGACUGCAGAUAGUUGAGAGUCUAGUAACGGGAGGCUUCUCUCCCGGGAAGAUUAUCGCUACUGCUCGGGAUCCAGAUGGAGCCAAGGAAUUGCAAAGGUUGGCAGAAGAGUAUCAAAACAUACACAUUAUUAAACUGGAUGUCAUCAGUCAAGAGAGUAUAGAAAGAGCUGCAUCUGAGGUGGAACAGCUAGUUCAAGAGGAGGGUCUCAACUGUCUCAUCAACAAUGCUGGAAUUAAUGUUGUAGCAAACCUAGAGACAGUCACUGCAGACAAGAUGUUGGAAAACUUCCAUACCAACUCUGUUGCACCGUUGAUGAUCACCAAGGCCAUGCUCCCACUGCUGAAGCGAGCAGCUGCAAAGGGAACCGGGAUGGGCAUCCACAGAGCAGCAGUCAUCAAUAUGACAUCACUGCUGGGUUCAGUUGAGCUCUACUGGGGUGAUCGUGCCAACACUUUCAAAUGGUAUCCCUACAGAACAUCAAAGAGUGCGCUGAACAUGGUCACCAGAUGCUUGGCAGUGGACCUCGAGGCAGACGGGAUCCUGUGUAUGGCUCUGCAUCCAGGCUGGGUGCGCACUGAUAUGGGUGGACCUGAAGCACCAUUGAGCCCCGGAGAAAGCAUUUCCUCUGUAUUGUCUGUGAUUGGUGGUUUGGCUGAAAAGGAUCAUGGGUCAUUUCUUCACUAUACUGGUGAACAACUUCCCUGGUGAUUCUGCAGAUGUUUUUUAGAUGCGUACAAUAGAAGCUGUGUUUUAGUUUUGCUGCAUAUGUAUAUUUAUUUACAUAUUUAAUAAUAUACAUUCUUGUUCAGAGUAUUUUUUUUUUUUAUCUUCCUUGCUUAUGAAAAGUUACUUCAUAUUUUGAAUGUUGUGGAUGUGACAGCGAAUGGAGUGGAUCAUGAUUAAAUAAUUAUGGUCAGCUUUGCAUUAAAAGCUCUGAAAUUAUGAUAUCUUGGCUGGUAAAAUUAUGAACAAACUUUUCGACACUUAUUCAUGUUUACCUGGAACUGCCAGACACAAU